CAAAGCUUCGAACACGGACCGAACACACCCCGGCCAUGGGUGCCGGGCUGACGCAGGAAAUGGCGGCCCGGGCCCCGCCCGCGCGGGGCGGGCUGGGCGGCCCCGUGGCGGCGCCGGGGAAGGAAGGGGCGGAGCCGCGUCAUGGCCGCCGGCCGCGUCCCGCCGGGCGCGCUCACCCUCAAGCAGUUCCUGAGGCGGCAGCAGGUCCUUCAGCUGUACCGCAAGAUCCUGCGGGCUAUCCGGGAGGUCCCUGCCGAGCAGGAUCGCCGCUACUUAAAGGACUGGGCCAGGGAGGAAUUCAAGAGAAAUAAGGAUGCUACAGAAGAGGAUGCAAUCAGGAUGAUGAUUACUCAAGGCAACAUGCAACUUCAGGAACUUCAGAGAACACUUAAACUGGCCAAAUCCUGAUCUUUACUUUGUUGACAGUUGGAUUUUUUAAUUUCAAAUAGGCACAGUGUUUUUUCCAGAAUGUGGUUAUAAUGGCAGCCUCUGCUGGCAACCUGGUAAUGGUUGAAGGAGGAAUCCACCACAGUGGUGGUUUUGUUUUUUUCCUUUCCCCAUCCAUUUCUCAGUUUGGCUCCCCUCAGAAGUGGAGAUCACUUGGACACAAAGGACAUUAAAGAACUGCAUGGAUGAUGUAGCAUAUGCUGCAGGAAAAGCAGAAAGCACCAAAAAUUACAACAGCUGUAUUAAUGCCAGUGCAAUGCAAAAUAAAUAUAUGCCAGAUUA